AGUGACGCCUGGCGGCUCAGACCGGAGAAGUAGAUCCAGAGGACGCGGAUUGACAGCCUGCUGGGCGGCGGAGCGGAAGUUCUCCGCAUCCUCAGCUGUAAACACACAGAGACUCCUCGGACAGGAGGACACCUGUCUCCAUGGUAACGCAGCAGCCUCGACAGCCAUGUCCUCCGUCUCCGUGUCGACGUCUGCUGCGUGUGGCGGCGGCGGCGAGGCUGCCGCGGUGCUGGCCUCCCGGGCCUGUGAGCAGGCCCUGCUGGCGUCGGAGCGCUACGCCAGCCUCAUCCUGGCCCAGAUGAACAAGAUGCGGCUCCGCUCCGACUUCUGCGACGUGGGGCUGAAGGUCGGCGGGCAGGUCUUCAAGGUCCACCGGCUGGUUCUCGCCGCCAGCAGCCCCUACUUCUCUGCGUUGUUCUCAGGCGGGAUGAGGGAGGCGGAGAAAGAGGAGGUGCAGAUCAUCGGAGUGGACACGGGGAUCUUCGAAGCGCUGCUGGACUUCAUAUACACGGGCGCCAUCAACGUUAACGUGGAGAACGUUCAGGAGCUGAUGGUGGCAGCCGACAUGCUGCAGCUGAUCGAGGUGGUGUCCAUAUGCGGGGAGUUUCUCAAGGGGCACAUGGACCCCUUUAACUGCGUGGGCAUCUUUCAGUUUCUGGAGCAGAUCGCCUGCAUGGAAAUGCUGGAAUUUACUGAGAACUACAUCCAAGUUCACUUCCUGGAGGUGUGUGUCACGGAUGAGUUCAGAGGCCUGUCGAAGGAUCAGCUGGUGAGGCUUCUGAGGAGCGAGGAGCUGAGGAUCGAGGACGAGUACCAAGUGUUCACUGCAGCCAUGGACUGGGUUCUCCACGAUGUGGCAAAGAGGAAAAAACACGUAGUUGAGGUGCUGGAAGCGGUCCGCUUCCCUCUGCUCUCCCCACAGAGACUCUUCAAGUACAUAGAAGGCAUUACCGACUUCAGCCUGCGGGUGGCACUGCAGACCCUGCUGAAGGAGUACACCGAGGUCACAAAGUCUCCCAAAGAAAACAAGUUUCACAGUCAGCUCCAACCGGCCAAGAUGAGACCCCGGAGAAAAGCCAGGAAGUACCUCUACGCAAUAGGUGGCUGGAUUGGAUCGGAGAUCGGGAAAACCAUGGAGCGAUACGAUCCAGAGGAGAACAAGUGGGAGGUCAUCGGCGGCAUGGCAGUCCCCCGCUAUUACUUUGGCUGCUCUGAGCUGCAGGGAUUAAUUUACGUGAUCGGUGGGAUCAGUGAUGAGGGAAUGGAGCUGCGCUCAGCAGAAGUGUAUGACCCCAUCUCCCGUCGCUGGAGCGCCCUGCCGGUGAUGAGCCAGCGGCGGGCCUACGUGGGCGUGGCCUGCCUGAACAACUGCGUGUACGCCGUGGGAGGCUGGAACGAGGCGCUGGGCGCUCUGGAGACGGUGGAAAAAUACUGUCCCGAGGAGGAGAAGUGGGUGGAGGUGGCCCCGAUGUCCACCCCGCGCGCGGGCGUGUCGGUGUCGGCGGUCAACGGGCUGCUCUACGCCGUGGGCGGACGGGCCGCCAGCAGGGACUUCUCAGCCCCCGUCACCAUGGAUUCUGUGGAGAUCUACGACCCGCACCUGGACACGUGGACCGAGGUGGGCAACAUGAUCACCAGCCGCUGCGACGGCGGGCUGGCCGUGCUCUGACCGCCGGGGCCCUCAAACCGCCAGAGUCGGCACACGGAUCAUCCCAAGACUGCGCACACGUUGCACCUUUAAAACUGGAGACUGAAAAGAUGGCCGCCUCUCUAGCAGGCCGCCACCUUCCGGUCGAUGUUAUUUAUACGUGUGUCCUUUUUUAGCAGCACAGCUAGUUCUGGGAAGUGCCAAAAACGCUUUUUCUAUCACACGGCUUUCUUAUCUUCAGCUGCGGAAAAUAGUUUUACUUGAAACUGAGUGACGUCGAGCGUGUUUUUACCGGGAACCCCUCAGAUCAGGAGAGGUUGUCACCAUGAAGCGGCCCUUCUUUAUUUUCUGGCCGUCAAGUCUUCAGGAGGUCUGGGCUUGACGUCGCCGUUUUGUGGUUUUGCGGUCAGCGCUUCUUUGACUCGCUCUUGAGCCUGGAUGACAGCGGGAACCCCAUGAAACCCUCGGUGGUUCUUGGUGUCAGAUUCAUUUAUUACUGGAAACUCGAGGAGAGCAAUCUCCGUUUUCACUGGAUGGUCAUUUGUACAUAUGCUGCUGGAAGUACCGGUACCUCCGAGUCCUUAUUUAUGUCGACCGCAGUCAGAAGUGGCUCCUAUUACAUUUCAACUCUCAACUUCCCCUUCAACUUUUUUCAACAGUCUGCCACAUUCCAACCACAAACUUUAGUGGGUUUUAUCUGAAGUGAAAGAAAAGCUGUUUUUUUUUUUUUUCUGCUUCAAUUCUGCAUGCGAGUAUUUUAGGGUAAGUCCCUAUGGGCUUCACAGAUCUUAAAACUGAGAUUUUUUGUCAGUUUCUCUUUACAGAACAGCUCAAGUUCAGUCACACGAGCAUCCACGAAUGGCGAUUUUCAAAUCUUGCCACAUGUGACUUCAACUGGAAUAUAUGCCUGGGCUUUGACUAGGCCGUUGUAGGACAUGCAGUUGACAUGUUCUGUUCCCGCUCUGGCUGUGUGCUUAUGGGGGUCGUCCAGCGGGAAGGCCACCAGUUUUAACCAGCCUCCCUGUCCCUGCUGAAGAAAGGCAUCCCCACAGCGUGAUGGUGCCACCGUUGUGUUUCGUGGUGGGUAUGCAGUGUCCAGAGUGAUUAUGUGCAGUGGUAGUUUUCUCUAAUGUUCUCUAAACGUCUUUUUAUAGAACACCUGGAUUUAUACCGAGAUUAAAUGACACACACAGGUGGCCUGUUCUCUGGUUAGGGGACGUCUGCAGGCAGUCGGUUGCCAUUUACUCGGGGUAUCAGAGUAAAGGAGGCUGAAAACAAAUGCACACCGCACUUUUCAGAUAUUUGUAAAAGGACAACUAAAACAUUUCAAUGUAUAGUUUUCCUUUCACUUCAUCACUGUACUACUGUGGUUGCAACGGGACAAAAUGUGAGAAGUUCAAGAGCUAUUUGUACUUUUCCAAGCCACUUUUUAAAGACAGGUUUAAAGUGACGUUCCUGUAGAAACGUGCAACACAGACGCAUCGCUCCAUACGUAUGUAGCUGCGUUAAAAUGUUACGCCAGCGUAGAGAAGCGCUGCUUUUUGCUUCAAUGGACCUUCAAAGGAAUGUUCUCAUCUUUGUUAUAGGCAAUAGGUUCUGUGUUUGAACUGUCCUCACAGCUGUAUCUGUCUGAAAAAUAAAUUUGAAUGAAUGUGG